GGAAGGAAACGCGCUCACAGUGGCGGUCUGACAACAGCAACAACAAUAACAACAACAUGGAGCCUCCAGAGCGGGCGGAGGUGGCUCCUCAGCUGCCAGCAGAUAAAGAUGUGAGCCGGUCUUUUGGACAGUCAUCCAUUCACCAAGCGGGACCUCAAAGUCAGGACCAGAUGCAGCCCAAGCUGACAACAGAUGACUGGGAUCUUCAACAGCCGGGGGGACACUCUUUGGAGCUAGAUUUUCAGGACAGUAACUUAUCUCCAGCCCUGUCGCUGUUGCCAGUAAUCUCUGGAGUGGAACACAACUUCACUGAAUAUUCUUUAUUCCAACAAAGUGACAUUGAAUUUGCCCCUUUAAGGGCAUACCCCGACAUUUCCAUGGCAUCGGACAGGUUUUACUUUCCACCCCAAGAUCGCACCACUCAGGCCUCUGAGCGUGGCUCACUGUCCCAGCACCCUUUGGCCCAGGCAACCAUCCUUUCGGAAGAGGGAGCAAGCAGCUGCUGCUCUCCGUCCCAGCAGAGCUUGUCACCAGGGGACGGAAGCAGACGAGAGGAAGUGGUUGAUCCCCAACUGACUGCCUCCACUGACAGACAGGAAGUGUCAUUCAGAAAUGAUGCAGGUAGCAGAGAGAAGGAUUCAGAGACACUCAGAAACCCUCUGGACAAGCUAGUAGAAGGUGCUGUGGAAGAUGAGACCUUAUUUCUGAGUAAGGAUAUUCCUGCCCAGCACCUUCUGGAGCUCCUCCAGAAAGAUGUUGGCAUGCCAAGCAGCAGUAGUAGUGCUGUUUCCUCUGCCUCUGAGACAUCUCUGAAGAGCACUACAUCUUUUGCUGAGGGGUCUAAACGCACUGAAGUCUGCAAACCAGGCACUGACCAAAGCAUGGUUAGAAGAAAAGGUCCUCCAGGUGAAGCUUCUCUUCCUCAGCAGCAGACACAACAGCCUGACACAGUUUCAGAACCCGACCGAUCACGAGCUUUGCCAUCUGAGGUCUGCAACAUCACCAUGGGUUCCCGCAGCACUCGGCCUGAUAACAGUAGUCAAGCGUUACACAGAGAGCUGCUGUCUGAGGUAGAGAGGCGCAGCAGCCGUGAAGCUGAAUCUAAAAACCAGCAGCGGACAAGUCCUUCCCCACCUGUUCAGUGUCUCACUCCAUAUCCCACAGAGACAUCUGAAGGCAAGCCAGUUGUGACCCAAACAAAUCUGGCUGGGAUACCGUGGACUGGGCCGUUUUCUGCAGGUGUUGAACGGAUUCACAGGGAGCAGGAUCUCUGGUCUUCAGGGAACCAAACAGGGAUUGAUGGAUCCUACCUGGGUUUCCUUCCACAGUCUCAGUCCACACCAGGGGUCUUUAAGGCCCCAUCCAAAUCCACUGUCAAGGCUACAUUAGGGCAACUUUCUGCCAUAGAGUCCAGUAAAGAGAACUCAUAUCAAUCGAGCACCGGGAUCUCCACACAGCCAGCUGUUCCUGAGUCUGAUGUCCAUUGCCCGGACACAGCAAAUCAGUGCCAAGAGGAACACACCUCUGCAAAGGUCCAGUCUCUUCCGAGUCUUAACUAUAUGCAGAAAGUAGACGCUUGGAGGGCAAAUCAGAGUUCUGGCAAAACAUCACUGUUUGAUAGCCUGGCUUUGCAGGGAUUUUCUGGGAUCUCUCCGAAAAAGAAAGCUUACGAUGCAGUAUCUGACACCCUGAAUCGCAUCCUGAGUCAGCAGGCAAGGAGUUUACAACUGCUUCCUGUUUCAAGUGCCACCAACCAGAAUGUCGCACAGAGCUCCUCUGCUGCUCCUUCUGGCUCUUCUUCUCCAAGAAGAGGGGAGGCCGUGGGCAGUGCACCCAGCGACAAAGAUAACACUGGGUCUGCAGCAAGAGCCUCUGCUUCACCCUUUGGCAGGUCACAGUCCCACUCUUCUCUCAGCACAGUUGUCAUGUCGGUCCAGAAAGAUCAGCAGACACUGAGACCUGCAGAAGAAGAGAAGAGUCAGGCUCAGGCCGACGCCCAUCAUCAGCCGAGUGCCACGGCUCAGCCCUCACCUCUCAAGAGCCUCGGGCAGUUCAGUGAUGUGUCUGUUGAUAGAGAUUUGACACUUUCAAGUUCCCAAGAUAGUUACAACAGUGGAAUUAAAUUAGGCACUUCCGUUGGAGCUUCUUCUGUCACCAGCCUCGAGGUUGAUAAUUAUGCCCCAUACUGGACUUCAAAACUGUCAACAUCGCCGCCUCUGCCCAGGUCUCGAGAGUUCAACAUUGAGGAGCGAAUCCCGUUGUAUCUCCAUAACCUGGGUAUUGACCAGUCUCCCUCAACAAUCUUAAAUCCAUUUGCACCCAGAGGGCCAAUCAGAGAACCUGAAUUCUCUCCCACUGAUCUCUGUACAAUUAAAGGUUCUAUUGGAACACCAGCUAAGAGCACCCAAGCUUCUGAAGGUGGCAGUCCCCAUAAAGGAGAGUUUUCCAGGUCUAGUAUUCUGUCAGUGGACUCCAGUAUAUCCAUACCAUUUAGCCUGGACAGUCUUGGUCCAGCUGUAUCCAUCCCAGAGCGGACGAGACGGCCUUCUCCUUCAUCAGAUACAGAAGCUAUCCAAAGGAAACACAGACCGGCACCCUCCGCCCAGCCUGAUGAAGACUCCUGCUCCUCCAUACUGCAACCCAUCCAGCAGCAACAUGAGGACAGCGGUUUAACCAGCGGCCACAAUGUCGUCCAGCUGGGAGAGAAGUUUGACUCCGACCCCUCGUUAGCUACUAAAGCCACGUGCAUGGAAAGAGACUUAGAGUCACCCUUGCCAACGAGCCGUAGUUUGGAUCAAAGUGCAGAAGAUUCUUUUGUUAGCUCCAAGGCUUUGUGGGAGAUCCGUAAGCUACUGUCUCAGGUGGACAAGGUGGUGACUACUGGGUCCUCUGCAGCCUCCUCAGCCUCCCCCGCAGCGCGGCGUUUACUGUCUGAUGAUGAUAUUUUCCUCUCAUUGAGGAAGAAAACCAGCGGACUCCAGGACUCCUCAUUCUCCUCUUUCUCUGCAACUGGAGACCCCAGAACUCAUUCCUCCUCACUGUGGGCCAGGUCUUCGUCUGAUUCCAUCCUAACCUCAGAGAAACCAAGGCAAAGCUCUGUAGGUCGAGACAGUAUGACUUCAUCAUGGCAACCUGAUGUUCCAUCCACACAAACUAUAAUUUCUCCACCCACUGCAGGUGCAUACAAAAGACCAGAAGAAAGUAAUGUUAGUAGAGAUGCAGGGUCAUCCCUGGUCCUCUCCAAAUCAGCCCGGCGGGCAGAGCCUGAGGGCUGCAGCGCUGCACCUCCUGACAACAAAGUCCCAACACAGCCACCAGUCAUCAAGCCUCUGCCAGCUGUGAGUACACAACAGCUCACCUCUGUGCCUGCAGAGACAGAGGGCCUCUCAGAGGAGGAAGAAAAAACGGCACUUGGAGGUCCUGUACAGAGCAGCUCCUCGUCGUUCACCCCCGAGGACACAGAUCAGGGAGCGACGAGUGAUGGGAGCAGUGAGAGCUCACUGGCAGUCAGAGUGGCCAAGUUACUUCAGAGCGAAUCUCCAGCCACUAUGGUUUCCAGUACACCCAGCAUCACUGACCAGGAGGAGAGCAAGGCCAGAGAGUGGAUUAAGCUGAAGAUAUCAGGACAGCAGUGUGAGCCUCUGGAGUUGGAUAAAGAAGAUAGAAAGCGGAUUGAGGAGAUCAAGAAGGAGCUGCUGUUAAAAAACCCUAUGAAGAGCCAGUUGAGCACAGAUACAGAGAGCAGUGCAGCGUCCAGUGUUAGAGUCCCAAGGGGACAGGAUCCACCUCAGCCUGCAGAGACAUUCACUGCCCCCAGUGAUGCUAACAAGCAGCUGCCCCCUCCGCUCCAAGACCUCAGCACGCACCUCCCUAACUCCAGCGUGCAGCUCCAAAACUCUCUUCGUCCAGGUCUAGAGGCCCAAGUAUUGGAGAUUGCCGCCAGAGAAGGAGUAAUCUUCCCUAGAACAAACCCUCGGGCCGUCACAUCCAUCACCAUCGCCACCCGCAGACGCUCCGCCUCCACCUCUCCCUCCACAUCGUCUGCAUCUCCCAUCAGCCCAGCCCCAGAGCCACUCCACCUGGCCGAGCUCUCCACAGGAGCAAUCGAACAUCUUAAAGCUAAUAGGCCCCCUACUCAGAAUGAAGAAGGUGAGGCAAGCAGAGAGCCAGCAUCAGUGUUUGAGCCAAGCCGUAGCCUCUACACCAGAAAACAAGCUGUAAAUUUCUGUCAGGAAGGAACAAAGUUUCUGUCAGGAAGUCAGAAGAGGCAAGAUGCUGUGGGAGGCCGGUUUAAAGAACCUCCUCCACCUUCACAGGGUUUAAACAGAGAGGAUGUGAAUAUCAAAGAUGACAACUCACAGUCUUUUCUGCGAGAUGACGAGUUAUCCAUCCAGGACAGCUCUGGUUCUAGUGCUCAUGGUGCUGAACAAACCAUGGGCUCACGCACCUCUGCAUCCCCCACCAGGACAGGCCACGUCUCACAUGUCCAUCUCACUCUGUCCCCCAAAGCCACUGAUCACAGUUUGGCCACUGCUGUGCACCCCAGUCGUGCUGAUGCUGUUGCGGGGCUGCCACGUGGAGAAUUUGUUCCCCUCAGACACGCUUCAUCUGCUGCCAGCAGUCUGGACGAAGGUGUUGGCUUAUCCAGUCCACCAGAGUGGUACGACACCAGAGAGCCAAAGAGACAGCGGGUCCGUGAAAGAGCGGACACCUCCACCCUGUUUAAAGCCGUUGUGCCUACGGGAAGAACCACCUCCACAUCCAAACAAUCACCAGCAGUGCCUGUCCUGUUGCCUUAUAAACCCCGCGGCAGCGAGGAGCUCUUCUACGUCCCUCAGACAGAAGCUGAUGUCUCCUCUACAGGCCCCUCUGACACCACCAUGGAGAGCACACACACAGGCUCAGACGACGCCGUGCCCCCACGCUUCAGCAGCGAGGUCCUCGGGCACCAGGACCCGGGGCUGGACCGUGGAGUCACCAUCAGACACACAGAGGGCAUCUACAGCAAGAGGUUGAAAACAGCCACCUUCAAAAUGCAGGAACCUGGACACAGAGAUGCCUCUGUGACUGCAGAUAAAAGCUCACAAACAAGUGGGAGCCAAACUCCAAAGCCGUCUUCCCAGGUAUCCGUUGCCUUUACCAGAGUGCCUUUAUCGAGCAGCCAAGGAGCCUCUAAGAGAGACCAGGGCACCAGCCCCGUGCAGUUUCUUCAUUAUGAUCGACCAGAGCCAAGCCGUGAGAGAUUUCAGCCUGUUCACGUGGAAAUAAACUAUGACAAGGCGAGCCGUCACCUGGACCGAAGCUCUGUCCCUCAGGACGAAGACCAGCAGAGGAGGGACCCUGAUGUCGCCCACCCCGCCUCCCAGCAGACCAUCAGCAGUCUGGACCAGCUGUGGCUGAGGUUCUGUGAUCGCUGGACCAUCGAGGAGUCGCAGCCGACCCGUGACAGAGAGGCAUCGCUACUGGAGCGGCUCGAGCGCUUGUCUCGUCUCAUUCAAAGCACGAGGGGUACUAACAUGUCAGAAUCACAGGAAAUCACAGAAGCACAGAAAUAUCGUGACACCGCAAAACAGAAGCUUGGCACGAGGAAAGAAGAUGCUGCAAGGGAAGAAAAAAUGCAGGACAUGAGAGAGGGUAAAGGUUUAGAUGGUGAGGCCAGAGAAACAGGGUGGAAAGGAAGUAGGAAGUUUGAUGAUAAACCUCCGAUCCCUCGUCAGGCCUGGACGCCGAGGCUGCAGGCACAACGAACAUCUCAACCUUCAGACGAGGACAGUCGUGCCUCCUCCUUCACCUCCAGCUCCUCCCAGAGUCUGCACCUCUGUCCGGCGGACAAAGACGAGUCCGAGACCUUGUCCUCCGUGUCCGGCUCCAUGUCCACCGUCGACACGGACCGGCUGAUCCGAGCCUUCGGCGCACACAGAGUCCAGCACCUGAAAACCAGCUCCAGCCUCAGUAAACUUUACCACACCAUCAACAAGCAGAAAGAAGGGAGGGAACAGAGGAGAGGGAGAAACAAAGACUCUCCACACAUCAUCACACCGUCAGAGACCACCGGCACUGAUGAGUCCACAGUUACUGCUGGUUCUGCAUCAUCAACCAGCACGUACACCCUGCCAUCACGCCGUGGACCCUCCAAGACUCUGGCAGCAAAGAAGGCUGUUAAACUGGUCAGCAAAGGCAUCCAGACAGGUGACCUGGAGAUCGUUAGUAACGGGACUCGACGCCACACCAGAGACGUUGGAACCACGUUCCCCUCGCCUUGUGAAACCACCACUUCGAGGCAGAUUUCAUCUUCCUUAACCGGUGUAGAGGGAAGAAGAGGAAGAGGAGGGCGGAGGAGCCCCUCUAAAAGUCAGCCCUUACAAAAGCAGAGAAAGAGCAAGCAGAGCCCAUCAAAGCUCUACCCUGAAGGCGUUGCUUGGUUCAUCUCUGCUGACGACCUGAGAGCAGAGGCGAGGAAGGAGAACCAGCAGCAGGAGGAGGAGGAGACGCCGUGGAGGCCGAGCACCGCCUGGUUUGAACCGUACAGCCGAACACAUCCGUGGAGAGAGCCACUCAGACAGAGACAAGUCCAUGAGGACAGGAACAAACAGCCCAGCCUCAAACAUCACACUGUACCCGAUCUAGAUCCUAGAACCAAGGCAGUGUCCUCUGGUCUGACACGUGUCUCUCUUCAGGAGGCUCUGGAGAUGCGACGUCCAGAUUUCAUCUCUCGGUCCACACAGAGGGUGGAGCGUCUCGCUCUGCAGGUGGAGGAGAGGAAGCUACAGGCCGUCUUCACCAGGGAGAGAGACGAGCUCUUCCACCGGCCCGGGGGACCGGGGAGGCUGCCGAAGCCUGCAGGCACUGCUCUGCUCAGGAGGGCUGUUCCCAGGAAGGAGAUGAUCCAGAGGUCCAAACAGAUCUACGAGAACCUGCCGGAGGUGCAGAGGAGGAGAGAGGAGGAACGAAGGAGAGCAGAGUACAGAUCUUACCGGCUGAACGCACAACUCUACAACAAGAGAAUCACCAGCUGUGUCCUGGGCAGACGAACAGCGUGGCAAUGAUCAAACUGAGCAGUGAAACGUUUUACUGUAAAUUAAAAUCUGUGACGUGAAAAAACAUUUCGACAUUUUUUUACAACUUUAAAAACAAAACUACCUAAUUUAACUAAAAAUGUGCUUUUAUUUAUUAGUGACCAAUUUUUUUUUCUUGUUUGUAUUUUAAAGAUUAUGUUGAAAAGUAGAAUUCUUGACGUCUGACUUAGUGACCACUUACUGUUUCAGUCGGUUUAACUGAAGAAUGUGUUUUUAAUGUGAAAAUAAACCAAGUU